UAGUUCCAUCUGAUUGGUCGGGAAUGAGGCAACUAGGGGCGAUGACAAUGUCAUCAUUUCUCCUUAAAAAGAGUGCAGCUAUGUCUUGGUGGAAGCAUCUCGGGAAGUGAACGAUUCAGUAGCAGGAGGACGGUGAAUAUCAAAGUGUCUGAUGUGUCAGUAAUACUAUCCUUAACCUGGAUUUUAUUUCAGUAUCUUCUGUGCGUCUGAAGUGCCUUAAUUCGUUCUGCCCGCUGCAAAAAUGCCAAGAGGGUUUUUAGUGAAGAGGAACAAGAAAGCAAACCCGGUAUCUUAUAGGGUGCGUGCUGACGAAGAAGAGCCGGGACAACAAUCUUUCCUGAAUCCAAAAGACGCACUGCCGUGGGCGACUCUCCCAUCGUUUCCCGAGCGCGCGCCUGCAGCAUCCGAGCAUUGUGAAGCAUCAGCCACCGCUGAAGCGCCGGUACAGGACGCUAAACCCGUUCAGUUUGGGAACCCGGAGGCUGUGUAUAAGGCGAACUACAGCCCAACGAGGCCCGUCAGUAAGGACCAUGACCGGGCAUAUUUUGAGAGACGGUUCAAUCUCGGAUCACCGGUGUCUGCUGAAUCCUUUCCAACACCAGCAGCACUAACCACUUUAGAUAAUCUCUUUGCCCCGGUGGAUUUAAAAAUCGGUACAAGCAACAGCAACCGGACCGGAACCACCACGAACCCAAUUCCGACCACUGUUACUGGAAAUGCCACCAAAAGGCCUUCGAGCGACGCCGAGCGUAAAAGCAAGCCUUCAUCCAAAAAACCCAAAGCUAUAAGGAAAUUACAUUUUGAAGACGAGAUGACCACGUCACCCGUGCUUGGUCUCAAAAUUAAAGAGGCGCCCGUCGACCAAAAACCCAGACCACAGCCCGCAGCAGGUGACAAGCCCCUGGGUGAGUUUGUCUGUCAACUGUGCAGGGAAGCAUAUGGCGACCCUUUCGCGUUGGCCCAGCACAAGUGUUCCCGGAUAGUGAGGGUUGAAUACAGAUGCCCAGAAUGUGACAAGGUGUUCAGUUGUCCGGCAAACCUAGCCUCCCACAGGCGCUGGCACAAACCAAAGCCCCAAAACACAGCGUCAAUAUCUGGUGCGCAAAAUAUAAAAUUAGAGAGUGAUAAGACGACCGCGCUGGACAAGGCUGUGUCUGACGAAAUGAAGGAACAGAGCGAUAGAGACACACCCAGCCCCGGGCUGUCAGAGUCGGGAUCUGUCGGAUCGGAGGAGGGUCUCUAUGAUUGUCAUCACUGUGGGAAAAGGUUUAAACGUCAGGCGUAUCUGAGAAAGCACAUGCUAUCUCAACAUGCCACGGCUUCCAGUAACAACAGUGAGGACCACGACGUCUAUCCGUCGUCUCAAAACGAUGGAAAGCCAAGCCAAGCACCAUUAAAUCUGAGUUCCUCAGGUUGCCAUCUGUGCCCUGUUUGUGGAGAAAACUUCCCCAACAGAGCAAACCAGGAGAGACACAUUCGUCUCCUCCACUCUUCGCAGGUGUACCCAUGCAAAUAUUGCCCUGCCAUGUUCUACAGUUCUCCGGGACUUACAAGGCACAUUAACAAAUGCCAUCCCUCAGAAAACAGGCAGGUGAUCCUUCUUCAGAUGCCUGUGCGCCCAGCCUGUUAAACUGAGGAGAUACCUGUGCCUUUACGCGUGGACGUCAUGUGCGUGAAGGUUGACUCCGUCCUCAACCACUGCAUUUAAUAAUGGGGGAUUUUAAAUCCUUUUUGGAGCUUGAAUUCUAUAUUUUUCAGACUCAUCUUAGCUAGUUUAUCUAAAGAAAGAAAAGCAUUAGACUGUUAAAUUAUUUUUCUAGGAUCUCUGCACAAGUGCUAUUGCAUUAGCUUCUAGACCUAAGAAAGGGAUAUCCUAGCUGUACUGUGGUCAUACUAUUGGGUUUUAAUUCACAGGCUGUAAAUGUAUCUAUCACUUUAUUAGCUUUAAUAUAACUUGUGAAUCUGUGGACAUUACAUUUUAGCAUUGUAUCUGAACAUUAUACAAUUUCAGAGGUUUUCCCUAGUGUAGCCAUUAAUGCCUUUGAUUAGAGCUCUUCUACACUUCUGCUGUAAAACUGCCUUAAUUUAUAUGUCGAAAUAAUGAUUGUUUCUAAGUCUUAUAUUCAUUGGCCAGAUAUUGUAUCAUUAUUGUUAUUUUACAUACUGUAUAUGUAAACCAUUAUUUGUAUUAUUUGUAUUUAUUUAUUUAUUGGAUUUAUCUUGUGUAAAUUAUGUCUAGUGUGAUUUAUGUGUAUUUUUUUCAUGCCAUAGCCAAAUUAUCUCUUUGCGUUGUUUACAUAGAUACUGGGAAGGGUGUAUAAGUGAAGUAGUCUACAAUUGAAUGACCUUGAGCUUAUCAAAAAAAUAUUUUGAAUGCUCUUAAAUGCAAUCACAUUUUUCCUUUUGUUUCAACUGUUUUGUAACUAUUAGCUCUUACCGCAUUUGUAUGUUUCUGCAGUAUUUGCUAUGUGUCCAAAUAAUAAA